UUGGUAACGCCCAGAAACUGAAACCAGGCCACGCCCCCCGCGACCAACGAGCCAAUGGAGGAGGGCUGUGAGGUUGCUAAGGGAAACCUCUAGCGGCAAGAUGGCUUCUGCCAGGGAGGGGAGCACGAACUCCCGCCUGACAGACCGCGACCCGCCAGGGCGGCCACCGCAGGACGGUUACGGAGUCUACGUUUACCCGAAUUCCUUCUUUCGAUACGAAGGAGAAUGGAAAGGAGGCAAGAAACACGGGCGCGGGAAGCUGCUGUUUAAGGACGGGAGCUACUACGAAGGCGAGUUCGCAGAGGGCGAGAUCACGGGAGAGGGCUGCCGGCACUGGGCCCUGUCAGGGAACACCUAUACCGGACAGUUUGUGCUGGGAGAGCCUCAAGGCCACGGCGUGAUGAAGUACAAAGCCGGUGGACGUUACGAGGGAGAGCUGUCCCACGGCAUGAGAGAAGGACACGGGCAUCUGGUGGACGCAGAUGGACAAGUGUACUGGGGGUCGUUCCACAAGAACAAGCAGCACGGCCAGGGGCGGAUGGUCUUCCGGAACGGAGAUGAGUAUGAAGGUGACUGGGUCCAAGGCCAGCGCCAGGGCCAUGGGGUGCUGCGCCGCGCCGACGGCUCCACCUACGAGGGCCAGUGGCACAGGGGCGUCUUCAGUGGACUGGGCAACAUGGCCCACUGCUCCGGGGUCGUCUACCGAGGGAUAUGGAUCAACGGCCACCCUGUGGCACGAGCCACCAGGAUGGUGAUCUUGGGCCCAGAGAUGAUGGACGUGGUCCAAGGGUGCUCCCUCACGCUGACCGUCGAGCUGCAGCAGGACAAUGGGGAGAUCGCCACGAGCGAGGACGGCCGGGUUCUGGAGAUUUCCGCGGGCAUCAGGUACGUGCAGCUCGCAGCCUACUCGGACGUCAGCUUCUUCAGAGUGGACGACGGCCACACGCGGACCCCUAUCCAGACCCCGUUCGGGUUCCAGUGCAUCCCCUACCCUCUGACCAGCUCCACGUCCGGGGCCCAGGAGCCUGAAGCUGCCCUGGGAGGUGCCGGAGCCAACUCAGCCAUCCCCAAGGAAGACCCCAGCGGCCUGCCCGCCAGGACACGGGCGGCCCGCUGCCCUGAGGCCUGUCGGCGAGUGGAGCGAGGCUGUGCCCAGUUCUCUGAUGUCCGCCUCAGGCCCCCUCCGCCCGGGUACCACCCCAUCCUCUUCCUGGACAGCCCCCUCGAGGGCGGGGGCAGACCCGGCGGCCCAGAGCCCGGGAGGACGGCACCCACAGCGCAGGACCCGCCCGGAGGCAGCAGGUAGGCCAGGGCACCUCUCAUGGGCUUGGGGCUCGGUUGGACCGCUUAUCCGCUGGGCCCCUCUCCGCUCACCUGCCCCGACUCCUCUGGGGCCUGGGACGGCACAGACACCGCGAGCAAGGCUCGGCCUGCCCGGGACUGCACACACUUCCUGAACCCAGGGCCUCGCCUGGGAUGGGGCAGCGCGAGUGGAGCCCACUCCUGCCCCGUGGCUGUCCUACUCGGGGACAAGGCAGGCAGGGUGGAGCCGCCACAGGGGCCUGCGGGACCCUCGGGCAUGUAGACAGAGGUUGGGGCCCCACGGGGCAGGCACCACAGCCUGAUGCUUUGUCUCUGCACAUCUCACACGGGCUCAGGCCGCUGUGGGCCGCCACACCCCUGGGGCCGCAACCAGCCUGUCCUGCAGAGAGACAGCAGCUGAUCCGGGCCAGGUUCAGGCUUCUGUCUGCCAGUGGUCAGAGCUGGUGCGUGGUCCCGUGGGCAGGUGAGGGCACACAGGGACUUGCUCCUCCAGCCCCGACCCUGCCCUGCGGGCGGAAGCCUGGAUUCCAGAGAACUUUCCAAAGAGAACCUCCUACCCCCAACCCCCGCCGAGCCACGCAGCCCCAGAGGCUCAGGUGGGACUGACCCUCACCUCCCCCUAGACCCCAAGCUCCGGGGAGCCCUCAGCCCAGGGCUGGCCCCUCCUGAGGCCACCCGAGGCCUCCUUUGCAGAUAGAACCUGUAGGGUGUGGCCAAGUGGAGCCAACUUGGGCCAGAAGCAGGAUGUGCUGGCAACUUGGCCAUGGACUCCAAGAAAAAAAUCACGGCUUUUGAAAGACAGGCUGGGUGAGGCAGGAGGACAUCGCCGCUCAAGUGAAAGAGAAGGGCCUCAGCCAGGGCGGGGUGCCAGGCCCUCCAAGAUGCCCGCCUGCCACCAAAGCCCGGCCUCCGACCUGAGCGUGAGGCCCAUCAGCCCACAGGAGCCAAGGUCAGCAUGCCGUGGACACCUCUUGAUGCCAGCUCAGGGCACACGUUGAAAUAGCCACGUGAAAGAGCAGAGAGGCCUGUGAGCACAGACGGAGCAACAAAACUCUAGGAAAACGAGAAACACGGAGUGGGCAGAGGGCCCGCAGAGCCGUCCUGAGCUGCUGCGGCCGCCGACGCUCCCUGCAGUUAGCUUGCUCUCAGCUGGUGCCAGCGGGCAUGGGAUGGACUGGGACGACGGAGGCUGGCGCGGCGUCAGCAGGCUGACAGGCCUUUCCUACUUACAAGGUGGAGCUGGGAUGCGCCGUUUCCAGGGGGAGGUGCCCUCCUUCUGCAUUGUUCUGAGUCACGGUUUGUGCAUUAAAUAUGAAGCUCACUUUACACGA